AUGUCCAAACCCGUGCUUAAGAAAAACCACUGGACGACCAGGGUGAGCGAAUGCACUGUUUGUAAAGAUGCCCGCGGGGACCUGAACGUCUCACUGCGCGGCGGUGCGGAACACGGAGAGUUCGCCUACAUUGGGCAAAUUAAGGAGGACCUGGUGGCGUACGGCUAUGGGAAAUUAAAUGAAGGGGAACUGCUGCUGGAAGUGGAGAACCUCUCGAUUUCUGGAUUACCCUUGUACGACAUACAGACGGUGAUAAAGAACUGCAAAGGUCCCGUGAGGUUGAAAACUGUCAAACAAGGAACCAAGCUGAACAAGGACCUGAAGCAUUAUCUGAGCCAGCGCUUCCAGAAGUCCUCCCCGGACCACGAACUGCAGCAGACCAUCCGCAACAACCUGUACCACCAUGCAGUGCCUUGUACUACUCGCGCCUUACGUGACGGAGAAGUUCCUGGUGUGGACUACAACUUCCUCUCAGUAGAAGACUUCCUGGAGUUGGAGAAGAGUGGGACGCUGUUGGAAAUAGGAACAUAUGAUGGUAACUAUUAUGGGACACCCAAGCCACCGGUGCAGCCCCCCAGUGGGAAAGUGAUUAGCAGUAGCGGUAGUGGCGGUGAUGCCCCACUGUCCGACGGGCUCAGCUCCCAGCACUCCACGCCCCGACGCGCCAAGUCCUACAAUGACAUGCAAAAUGCUGGACUAGGGUUCGGAGAGCAGCAGCUGGAGGACGACGAGGACCUCCCUGACAUGAACAGCAGCUACACAGGAGACUCUAGUGAAUUAGACGAAAUUCACCACUCGGUGCGCCCUUACGCCCCCCGCCAGAGUGACCCGCCCUACUCUGGGAUAACCCCCUCACCAUCGGCCACCACGGAGAGCACACAGCAGUCACACUCCCACCUGAGCCAUCCUCCCCCAGAGGACCCGCUGGGACCUCUGCCUGACAACUGGGAGAUGGCCUACACGGAGAACGGAGAGGUCUACUUUAUAGACCACAAUACAAAGACCACCUCCUGGAUAGACCCCCGGUGCCUGGACAAACCUCAGAAGCCCCUGGAAGAAUGUGAAGAUGAUGAAGGGGUGCAUACAGAGGAGUUGGAUAAUGAUUUAGAACUUCCACCAGGAUGGGAGAAAAUAGAUGAUCCAGUGUAUGGGGUCUACUAUGUUGAUCAUAUCAACAGGAGGACCCAGUAUGAAAAUCCCGUGCUUGAGGCUAAGAGGCGCAGGCAGCUGGAGCAGCAGCAGCCUCAGCAGCCUCAGCCUCAAAGCCAGCAGCCACCUGAAGAGUGGAUUGAGGACUCGGCAUUGGCAGGUGCCCCACUGGCCAGCUAUGCAGCCAACCACGAGACCUACAGGGACCCUCAGACAGGUCCCCCGGUGCCCAAUGCCAUGGGACAAAAACGUGGGAAGCCUUUCUUUACUCGGAACCGAUCUGAGCUCAAGGGGACCUUCAUUAACACCAAACUGAAGAAGAGCCGCCGGGGCUUCGGUUUUACCGUGGUUGGAGGGGACGAGCCGGACGAGUUCCUGCAGAUUAAGAGUUUGGUUCUUGAUGGACCUGCGGCACUCGAUGGCAAAAUGGAGACAGGUGACGUGAUCGUGAGUGUAAACGACACGUGUGUGCUCGGCUACACGCAUGCCCAAGUUGUAAAGAUUUUCCAGUCGAUCCCGAUCGGCUCCAUGGUCAACUUGGAGCUGUGCCGCGGCUACCCGCUGCCUUUCGAUCCCGACGACCCAAACACCAGCCUGGUUACCUCGGUGGCUAUUCUCGACAACAAAGAUCCCAUCAUAGUGAACGGCCAGGAGGUCUCUAACAGCUACGAGUCGCCACCCAGCCACAGCAGUCAGAGCACAAACAACGGCCCGGCCAACGGCGGGGGGGUACCCCUCAACGGCCUCCCCCGGCCCCAGAGCCCCUCCACAGAGGUGGCCUCCGAUACUUCCUCCCAGCACGGCUACUCCAGCGACGUGGUCACCCUGGCCUCGGCCAUCGCGACGCAACCAGAACUCAUCACGGUACACAUGGAGAAAGGAGACAAGGGCUUCGGCUUCACCAUCGCGGACAGCCCCGGCGGUGGAGGGCAGAGAGUGAAGCAGAUCGUGGACUACCCGCGCUGCCGAGGCCUCAGGGAGGGGGACAUCAUCGUGGAGGUGAACAAGAGAAAUGUCCAGAGCAUGUCUCACAACCAGGUGGUGGACCUCCUCAGCAAGUGUCCGAAAGGCAGCGAGGUCACGAUGCUGGUGCAGCGCGGAGUGGCACCUACAAAGAAGAGCCCAAAACUGGAUGAUUUUGCACUGGCUCCACCGUACAGAGAUUACACUAGGAGGCAGUUGUCAAGAAAGGACAGUCAGAACAGCUCCCAGCACAGCGUGUCCAGCCACCGGAGCGCCCACACGGACUCGCCCGUGCACCCGUCCCUGGCACCUCCCCUCAGCGAGAGCUCCGCUCCCCCGCCCCCCUCACAGCCAUUGCCGGGCCUUCCGUCCCAGGACUCCCAAGCAGAGGGCACCAUCCAGAGAAAACCGGACCCUUUUAAGAUCUGGGCCCAGUCCAGGAGCAUGUAUGAAAGUAGGCUUCCAGACUUCCAGGAGCAGGACAUUUUCCUGUGGAGGAAGGACACAGGGUUUGGCUUCAGGAUCCUUGGAGGAAACGAGCCAGGAGAACCAAUCUACAUUGGCCACAUAGUGAAGUACGGCGCUGCGGACGAGGAUGGACGCCUCCGGUCCGGGGACGAGCUGAUAUGCGUGGACGGCACGGCAGUGGUGGGCAAGUCUCACCAACUGGUGGUGCAGCUGAUGCAGCAGGCCGCCAAACAGGGCCACGUAAACCUCACCGUGCGCCGCAAAACCAGCUACGCGGUGAAAGCGGAGGGAGACGUGCCUCCGUCGCCGGCCUCCUCGCACCACAGCAGCACGCAGGCGCCCAGCCUGAGCGAGGACCUGGGGAAGCGCACGCUGCAGGGCAGCCAGAACUCCCUCAACACCGUCAGCUCCGGCAGCGGCUCCACCUCCGGCAUCGGCAGUGGAGGCGGCGGGGGAGGGGGAGGGGGAGGGCCCGGGAUGGGCGUCGGCGGGAACGCCGCGGUCCCCCCCUACGACGUGGAGAUCCGCCGCGGCGAGAACGAGGGCUUUGGAUUCGUCAUCGUCUCGUCGGUGUCUCGUCCCGAAGCAGGCACCACGUUCGCUGGAAAUGCAUGUGUGGCCAUGCCUCACAAAAUAGGACGCAUAAUCGAGGGGAGCCCGGCGGACCGCUGUGGGAAGUUGAAGGUGGGCGACCGCAUCCUGGCCGUUAACGGAUGUUCCAUCACCAACAAGUCCCACUCUGACAUCGUCAACCUCAUCAAGGAGGCUGGGAACACAGUCACUCUUCGCAUUAUUCCUGGAGAUGAAUCUUCGAAUGCAUCGUUGUUGACAAAUGCAGAGAAGAUCGCCACUAUAACCACAACUCACACACCUCAGCAACAGACUGCACCCGAGGCCAGGACCAACACCAAACCAAAACAGGAAUCUUUUGAGUUUAAACCCCCACAAGCCCCGCCUCCCCAGCCACCAACUCAGCAGGCUUCACCUCAGGAUUCUGAGUUCUAUUCAGUGGACCUGGAGCGUGAUAACAAAGGCUUCGGCUUCAGCCUGCGAGGAGGCAGAGAAUACAACAUGGACCUGUACGUGCUGCGGCUGGCUGAGGACGGAGCAGCCGUGCGCAACGGAAAGAUGAGGGUUGGAGAUGAAAUCUUGGAGAUCAAUGGUGAGAGCACCAAGGGCAUGAAGCACGCACGAGCCAUCGAGCUCAUCAAAAAUGGAGGCCGACGUGUCCACUUGGUGCUCAAGAGGGGGGACGGCUCUGUGCCUGAAUAUGGGAUGGCCGCUCCCCAUCUCUCUACAUACCACGACGGCAGCGCCAACGACGGCGGCACCGCCGACCCAGCCGCAGGGUUACAAAACCCUGCGGAAGUGAACGCGACGCCCCCAACCAACGCGCCAUCCGAGAAAAGCUACCCACCAGAACCCAAGCAAUCAUCCCGGAGCAAGGCGGAGCCGGGCCGGCGCGCCCACGGGGCCGGCAAGCACCACCGCUCCCACCACCGCCACCACUCCCCCAACAAGAGGGGCGCCGGGAAACACAAGGGGAAGAAGUCGCCGGGGAAGAACCCGCUCAAGGCGCUGAAGAAGAAGGACGAGAAGAAGAGCGACGGCCAGCAGCAGCAGCACCGCAGCCGCCACCGCUCCCCCCGCAGGGGCGACGCCCGCUCCCGCAGCGCCGAGAACACCCUGGAGAACCGGGACCGGGGGCGCGAGCGCCACCGCUCCCCCGAGAGGUACCGCCGCCAGCGUUCACCCCACCGUUCCCCCCGCCGCUCCCCCUACCGCUCCCCCCACGGCCGGAGGUCCCCCUACCGCUCCCCCCACGGCCGCAGGUCCCCCCACCGCUCGCGCCACCACCACUCCCCCACGCGCCCCCGCGCCAAAUCCUCCGACCCCUACCGGCACGCCUCCCCCGAGAGGCAGCGGCCCCGCGGCAACGAGAAGCCCAACGGAAGCGAGGCCGUAUUGAAGGAGUCAACCGCCAAGACUCCUGAACCCAGCCUCCUCCCGUUCGAGGACAGCAUCCUGCGAGAGAGCCCCGCCCCGGAGCGCCUGAACAGGGAGGCCGCGCUCCCCCCGCCGCGGCGAGAGCCCCGCCCGUACGGAGAGGACAGCCUGCUGACCAGAGCCUCCUCCAUGGAGAGGGCCUACAGGGGGGACAGGCCCCUGAGGGAGGUGGCGCUGCGGGGCCAGCGAGACCCCUACAGGGAGGCCAACCUGCCCAGGGUCCGCACGCCCGACUCGGAUUUGGCCUACCUGAGGUACAGCUCGCUGCUGAGGGGGCGCUCACCCGAGGUGACGGAGAGGGAGGGGCGCUACGCCAGCCGCGCCAGCACCCCCGAGCCUCGGUACCGCGCCCGCAGCCUGGGGAGGGACGUCUCCCCCGUCAGACGCUCCAGAAGGGACGACUCGGAGGACGAAGAAGACGACGACGAUUUUGUAGCCGCGAGGGUGAAAGAAUACUACAGCACGCUCAAGACCAACAGCAGCCAGUCAUCCAGGCCCCCGCUGCCCGAGCCCCAGAGCACCUACAAGGAGAAGGCCUACAAGGACAAUCCCAAAGACCUGAGCAUCUGA